UGGCACAAAAUUUUUUAUUAAUCAUAAAAUUCUGAUCCCUCGAUGUUAACACCGUACAACCAUUUCUACCAGCAAAGACAAAAUUACCAUUCGUCUGUAAUCGAUCACUUUGAAAAUCCGAGGAACGUUGGUUCGUACGAUAAAUCAGCAAUAGAUGUGGGCACCGGACUGGUUGGAGCUCCCGCAUGUGGUGACGUGAUGAAAUUACAGAUAAAGGUGGAAAACGAUAUCAUUAAGGAUGCAAAGUUCAGAACAUUUGGAUGCGGGAGUGCCAUUGCAAGCUCAUCGCUUGCCACCGAGUGGAUAAAGGGGAAAAGCAUCAGUGACAGUCUUAAAAUUAGCAACAAGGACAUUGCAAAGAAACUGAGUUUGCCACCGGUUAAACUGCACUGUUCAAUGCUUGCGGAGGAUGCCAUCAAGGCUGCAAUAUCAGAUUAUCAGAAAAAGAACAGUUUGUAGUAGCGGUAGAAUAGUUAACUGUUGUUUGCUGUGGUACGCAGUUCUUGCGUAACAUCUGCUCGUUAUGGCGGAGCAUCUCUUUUAUUAAAGCUGGUUUAACGUAAC